AUACUACCAACAUGGCUCCGAUAGCUCCCAUUUGGAGAUGUUUUCGCUUGCUGGAACAAAGUUACAGAGCCUCGAUUUCUGUAGUUUUCUUUGCUUUUCAUAGCAGGCCUUCUUUUCUGAGGAAAGUGCACGGACUUACUCCGCCGUGUUUUCACGUACAAUCAUCAAGAACGAUAACGUCGACAAUAAUUUUGAGAAAUGAGGACAGCUCAAACCGACUAAAAGUAAAACAGAGUGUGUUACUAGUAGACGAAACAGGAAAAAACCUAGGCGAAACAUCCCUUAAAAAUGCAGCCAACAUUGCACGAGAGAAAUCACUUGAUCUGAUGUGGAUCAACAAACAGAACAAAGCAGCAUUGCCUGUCUACAAGAUGAUACGCAAGAUUGACAUUAAAGCAAAAGCAUUAAAAACGCCUAAAAUAAAGAACAUCGAAGUGAGUGAUAGAAUAGAAUCAAGAGACUUAAGUUUCAGAUUAAAUCAAAUUCAAAGGUGGUUGGAAAAAGGACAUCAAGUGAAAGUCAGUGUGAAAAGCAAGGGAAAAAAUGAAGAGGACAAGUGGAAUAUCAUAAGGAAGGUUGAACAGGAACUAGAGGAGGCUGGAGUUCUUAGUGGAAGACCUACAGAGGAUAGUCCACGGCAAAUUUCUUGCAUCUUUAAGCCUUACAGAGGAUCUAAUGAUGUUUAACACCCAAUUGUGACCCAUGGUUAGUUAAAAAAAAUUAUGAACGACUGAGUUUUAAUAUAACAACAAACCUGUCUGUGUGUAAUCACCACUGUCGUCAUCAUCAUCAUCAUUAUCCUUUCACCACCAGAGUGGAUGGGACAUUCAUGGAGAUUGCCUCCCCAACAUUGGGAAGCCUGGCCACAUGGGGAGUAGUCUUGUUUAGCACUACCAGGGGAGUACCAGUGAGGACAGAUUUUAAAGCGAAAACUAAAUUGAAGAACACAGUGUAAAAAAGAAAACAGGGGCCUACAGUGACACCCAUGUCCAAUUAACCUACAACAAAAUCUUUCACCCUCAUGCAGGAAGAAGGCAGUCUUCUAAACCAUAAUGAAGCUUUAGAUCAAGAAUCUGAGAUGCAGAAAAGUUCUUUGCACUUCCAUGUAUCUGUGUGAUUGCCCCCACCCCCCAUCUCUAUCGCUCGUAGCAGUUAAUACAGUUAAGCGCAGCAUUUUGAGAUCAUUUGAAAAAACAAGUGCAGCAACUCAAGAUUGAUCUAAAACCAAUAAUAAUAAUACUUCUUCCAACAGCCACUAGAAAUAUGCUCAAAUAUGUACUCAGUGGCAGGGCUUUCACUGCUAAAACCAAUGUUAUGAAGCAAACCGUUUUGUGAACAGUAUACUAAGAUUAUAAACUGUAGUUAAAGUACAGCUUAGUGUAGUACAGUUUUCACAUUUGUUCAUUAAGUUCGACGAAGGCUGUUCAAAGCCAACAAAGCUAAUAUCUGUUUGAUGAUUCAGGUUAAAGACUUGAGAACAACUCAUAAGGUUAUUUUCAUGGAAACACCCUAACCCUCACUUAUGGUUUUUUGAGGUACCUGUCAAGUAAAUCCAAUAAAGAAAAUAUGUGUCUUUUUGUUCAUACAUCC